UGUGCGUGCGCGCGCGAGCGAGCGAGCGAGUCAGUCAGUCAGUCAGUCAGUCGCCAGUCUCGCGCGCGAGCUCGAAACGAGCAGCAGUUUUCGACUCUCCGGCCGCUCAGCUGCGCGUACGGGAUCUCGCGCGUUCGUAAAAGCCCGAAACAAAGAGCGCUCCUCGGUGUGGACUCUCACGCAAAGGAUUUGAGGAGUGUAAAGAAAAAAAUGAUCGUCAAGGUUGUGUGUUCGUCACCGGCGCAUCCCGCUUUGUGCGCGUGAGGAGGAACCGUACUGUCGCGCGGCGUGCUCGCCUGUGUCUCGCCGAGCCCCCAACAUGGCGCUACGAGGCGCGAGCGGACCGAAUUAGUUUUUUGUUUGUGUGUGUGUGUGUGCGUGAGUCCGUUCGCGGGAGUCCAAAGGGAAGUCUUCGCAUUUGCGCUCGCGUUUUCCGCCACAUGGACUUGCGCUCUGUUCGGACAAAGGAACGGGAUUCUCCCUCGGAGCUUUAUUUUGGGAAUUCAAAGAUGCGCCUGUCUCUUCCGCGCUCUGCACCGCGUACUUCUCUGAACGGAUAUUCGCGGAGACGCUGAAGUCCCGAAAACACCGGCUCGACCCCGGGCGCUCACGCGUCUCCACUUUCAACUCGGAUAUUUUUUUUUUGCCCCGUCCCGACACAGCGCUCCGUCCUUUGUGAGUUCGAGCGAGAGGAGAACACCGCUCGUGCUCACGGAGCACCGGAUUUCACACUUCUCAUUCAUAACAGGAAGUCAAUCAAGGGAUGGUGCUGGCUAAAACAUCCAACGUGAACUAAUCAAGCAAUAAAAGUCGUGAUUCAAAGCAUGGUGGAUGCAAGUGCAGCCUGCAGAAUGAACCCACUCACAGCACUUGGCAUUGAUCGGAGCAGCCUAAUGCGGGAAAGCCUCCACGUUCAUGGGGGAAUGGUUUAUCCAGCAGGAAUCCGACCCCUGCCAACAGAAAAAGGCUAUGUUGGGGACCGGAUGCCAGAAUUACUCUAUAAACCUGAUGUGUCGCUGGACGGCAGAAAGGCCACUAAUGGCUAUGUUGGACUUUAUAAAAGCCCAGCACCAGGGAUUCAGAAACCUCUGGUCGUGCCUGGCACCGGUGCAGAAGCUUUGGGCUUGGAUAGGCAUGUCGGACCUGUUGAUAAGCCCUCUGAUCUGGGAUUAAAUGGUGGCAGCAGCACCAGCUACCUGCGUCUCCCGUGGACAAGCCCUUACCACGAGGCGGGACUGUAUCCCUUUCUAGACUCCACCAAGUAUGCUGCUUUGAAUAUGUACAAAGCAUCAUUUAUGUCACAGCCUUCACCAUACCUGCCCCAACACCUGGCCUACCAGUCGCUUUGUCCUGGGGCAGGAGGAAGUGCAGCUGGUGCUGAGCGCUUGUUUUACAUGCCACCGUAUCCUUCAACCCCCAUUUCUUCAACUCUUGCCUCUCCUCUAAGAAUCCCCACAGCUACAGUAGCUCCUACAGGACUGUCCCCACUGGUGCAUCAUCAGGACAAGACCUUACAGAGCAUUGGGCCAAGGAUUCACCAUGAGCCCUCUGCAUUUGGGCAGCAAAUGUUGCAUCAGCAAGCUCAGGCCCACCACCAGGCGCAAAGUGAGAGGCAACACUCUAGCAGUGGAAAUAUUAAUAGCAGCAGCGGCAAGUCCAGUCGAAUCCCUUCCAGCAAGAGCUCAAGCAGCAGCAGCAGCAGUAGCAGUAGUAGUACUAUUAGCAGUAGCAGCAGCAGCGCAAUCAGUAGUAGUGCUAGCAUAACCAGCAACUCUAGUGCCAGUAUUCCAGUAGACUCGAGCCCUUCUCUGGUGAUGCAGGCACCCCGCCCCACUCCACGGCCCUCCCACCCCGCUGGUGCUCCCCCACCUCUUGUGGACAGCACUUCAGACUUUCAAAAGACUGUAUUUCGGAGUCCUUCAUCCUCGCUUGCAACCUCGUCUGCUUCGGCAGUUUCCCAUCCAUUCUACAUAUCCCAAGAGCAUCGCUCCCCACUAAGGCCUGCUAGUCAGAAGCCCAAGUCUAAAGAAGGGAGCUCGGAGCAGCACAGGAGUGGAGCAAGUGAGAGGAAAGGCUGUAGUUCACCCAGUAAAACCUCCGCUGAGAAACCUGUACAACAGGGGCCCCCUACCAAAGACCCAGCAGACAAGCCAUUAGACCUAUCUGCCAAGAUCAUGGAUUUUGAAGGACCUCCUAAUGGAUUUCCUCCAAAGCUGGAGGCUUUAGCAAAUCUGGGCUACUCUCCCAACUCUCGUUAUGGACUUCCUCCGAGCAGAGAGCUUCUAAAAGAGACUCUUUCCCCCUCAUCCUCUGCUGUCAGCACUUCUUCUAAAACUCCAGAGAGGCCUGAGAUUAUUAGCACUUUACACUCUUCCUGGGUGGUGCCAAGCACGACCCAGGCACUCUGUUCUGAUGCCAACCACAACAAAGGUUCCACUGUCAUCAAAAAUAAGAAUCUAGAGCAUGUCAUUUCACAGCCAAGGAGCUCUUCAUGUCCAAGGAUUGGAGAAUCUAACAGUGGUGUUGUAUCAAACCCUACUCCUGUUGUUGUAACGUCCACAUGUCGUCCAUCAUCUGCAUCACCGUCUCCUAAGGUGAAUGGCGAGUGGCCGAAGUCUGCACCCACCCCACCAGAAAAGGUGCAAUCUACUAAUCGUGGUAGCAGCCAGACAUUGGCUUUGAAGCCAGUGAAGACCCCUAAAAAAUCAGAUACACCUGAAAUUGUCUUCAAACCCCAGCAGCCACACAUAGAAAAUGGACAUCCUCCCCCUCACCUCUACAUGACCCAAGGGGAAGCCUACUUGCCCUCUAGCUUAGCGUAUGCUAACAGAUACCUUCCAUACACUGUUCCAGAAAGCAUGUCACUUCCACACCUGCAGUUGCCCGGCAAAGGGCCAGUGUACCCCCAUCCAGUCCUGCUGAACAGCAACAGCUUAUAUUCUACUCGUUUGCCUCACAAGCCUGGUCUUCCUUAUGGAAUACCAUCUAGUCAUGGAGAGUAUGUAACCUAUCAUGAUUCGCAAGAGAUGGUCCAUCCCCUAAUGUCUCCCCACUUGCCUCUUGACCCCAAAGUCAAUGAGCGACUCGAGCCGAGGUCCAGGCCUCAGGAGAAGACUUGGCAGCACGAGGAGUCCCCUUACAAGCAGCACAGUGUGUCGGACACGGACACGCGCUACACAGCUGAGAGGGACUCUGAGGGGCCAGAAGUUCUGGGCUGUAAACCUCACACAGCGAGCAAAGAUGACAUCGUCUGCAUCGACCUGGUCCAAGACGACACAGAUGGCAGUCCUGAGCCAGACAAGUACAGCACUAUUCCUGCCAAGCAGAGAGAGCCCACCAAGCCAGCCGGCAGCGGGACAGGGGAUGGGACGAGGAGUACUGGUAAUUCCAAAGUGAAGGAGCCAGAACUCAUGCAGAUCCUGCGCUCUAGCCAGCCAGUUGAAUACAAGCCAGCUGAGGCUGAGCGGCGGCCAGAUCCCUGCAGUCCUCCAGAGCCACAGGAGCAGGCCGAGUCUCCUGGGCAAAGCCAGGGUGAGGAAAGUUCCAGUGAGCACAGCCCGCUGCCUCCUAUGCUGGAAGAGCAGACUCUGCGCUGCGCCAGGACCUCCGGUGACAGGGUCCGACCAGACUCCGCAAAUUUCAAACCCGAUAGGCAUCAUGCCAUCCGGCAGUAUAUGGAUCUGGGCAAAGAACGAGAAAACAUGGAAUCUCCCGAGGAUGAGGAAGACGGACACGGGUGCUCCAAAAACAAACGGUCCAGCCUGGCUAAGAGGAUCGCCAACUCGUCAGGAUAUGUGGGUGACCGCUUCAAGUGUGUUACCACUGAGCUUUAUGCUGAUUCCAGUAAAUUGAGCCGGGAACAGCGUGCCCUACAGAUCGAAGUCCUAUCAGCAGAGGACAGUAAUUUCAGUCAGCCAGCCGCUAACUGGGAGCGAGCAAUGAUGCGUUUCUCCGAGCUGGAGCUGAAGGAAAAGGAGGGCUGCGCUUCUUCCAGCACCGGGCCAUGGAGAGAGCGAGAGAAGGAGAAAGAGAGAGAGAAGAGUUUGGCCGAGAGCCAGCAUGGAGAAACGGAGUGGGAGCCGAGCCAGCGCUGCUCCAAACCACCAACAGAGCAGCACAACGGUGGGAACCGUGUCCCCGUCCUGCAGCGCUGUGGUCCUCCAGAACGUGACGUGAGGGAAGAGAGGAAGGAACACAUCCAAGCCUUCCAGGACGCCAAGCAGCGUUCGUCCGAGGACAGAGAGAAGGAUGGAGAGAAAGAGCGAGGGAGGGAGAGAGAGAGGGAUGAAGACGAGGAGGAGGAGGAAAAGGCCAUGGUGCCGGCCAAGCGGGCUCGACUCAUGCCAGAGGCGUGGUGUCCAGCGUCCGAACAGGAAGUGAAGAACCUGAAGGUGUGUAUCGAGCUGACGGGGCUGAGGCUCAGCAAACCAAGGCAGAUCCAGCAGAUCCAGCAUUUCCAGGAGCUCUGGGAGCAGCAUGACAAGCCUGACCUCUGCCCUCGCGACGGGUCAAAGGUCACACCAUGCGCUGAAAGAAAGAGCAAGACAAAUGGAGACCUGGAGAAAGGAAUGGGGAGGAGGGUGGAGGAGGAUAGGGGGUGGGGCAGAGAUGUGAUGGGAUACGCCGACCCUGAUUCAGCCGUCCCGGUUCUUUCCGCGGAAAAGCUCCGCCCCUCACCGUCUCCCGACGUCGCCCUUUCGCCUCGCCCACGGCGUCACGGCGACCUCGAAAAACCCAAAGGCAAGCGCCAGUGCAAGACCAAACACCUCGGGCAACGAGAGCUCAGGGCACUCACCCAGCCAGCCAAUGAGGAGCUUAGCCCCGCCCACUCGCUCAAGGUUGCGAAGCGCAGCUCUCAGAAGUCAGAUUACGAGCCCAAGCCGUCGCCCCCUGUGCCCACCGCUGUCACCACGGUGCCCGCUGCUGUCGCCACGGCGACGUCUGCGCCCGCUCCGAUGCCCCCUGAGGCUCGCAGACUCAUCGUGAACAAAAACGCCGGAGAGACGCUGCUGCAGAGAGCAGCUCGCCUCGGCUAUGAGGAGGUGGUGCUGUACUGUUUGGAGAAUAAAGUGUGUGACGUGAAUCACCGUGACAACGCCGGUUACUGCGCCCUGCACGAAGCGUGCGCCCGCGGCUGGAUCAACAUCGUCCAACACCUGCUGGAGCACGGAGCCGACAUCAACUGCAGCGCGCAAGACGGCACACGGCCUCUACAUGACGCAGUGGAGAAUGAUCACCUGGACGUUGUGAGGCUCUUGUUGUCGUACGGCGCUGACCCAACGCUCGCUACGUAUUCGGGCCGCGGCCUGCUCAAGAUGACGCACAGUGACGUCAUGGAGACUUUCCUCUCCGACUACUUUGCGGACCUGCAAGGCCGAGAGGACGACGACCCCGGUGUGUACUGGGAGUUUUACGGCAGCGCUGUGUGUGAGCCUGCUGAGGACGCUGCAGCGUUUGACGUCCUGGCUGACCCUCCUGGUCCGGAGGAUGACGAUGAGGAAGAGCAGAGAGACGUGUUUGAGUUUGAGUUCUCUGACCGACCACUGCUCCCCUGCUACAACAUCCAGGUGUCUCUCUCACAAGGGCCCCGAAACUGGCUGCUGCUCUCUGACGUGCUGAAGCGCCUGAAGAUGUCGGCUCGCACCUUCCGCUCCACCUUCUCGCACAUCGAGGUGGUGACCAUCGCCGAAGCAGAGUUCUACAAGCAGGUGUCGCUCAGCCCGCUCUUCUCCUGCCCCGAGGAGCUGGACGGCUUCCUGCCCGACAGCAAGGAGCUGCUGGACCUGGUGGAGAUCAGCGCCGAGCUCGCCGCCCUGCUCGGCUCCUCGCUCGAGUACCUGGACAACCGCUGGGAUCCUCGCUCAUGACACUACAACACACUAAACACUGACUCUCUCCCAGGAGUGACGCUGCCACGGACACUGAGGAGACUAACGGAAGCGUCCAGAACCGCUUUCCGAACCUGUACAGAGUGUACAUAGCGCAAGAGGACGAAUCUCGGAACGUGGAUUUAACUCUCCCGGCUCCGCGAAGAAAUGGACUCAGUCACAGAGAAGAACUUUUGUUUGAGAUGUUUUAUAUAAAAAAAUAUACAUAUAUAAAUAUACAAUCGCUGUAUUUUAUUUGUGAUUAUAUA